GUUCAGCGCUCGGCCCCGGCCCGGAGGCGGCGGCUCCGGCCCGCCCCUUCCUCCGCGCCGCACCGCGCCGAGAGCCGGGAGUCGCCGCCGCGCUCCGCCAUGCCGAAACACGAGUUUUUUGUGGACAUGACCUGUGAAGGCUGUUCCAAUGCAGUCACCCGUGUCCUGCACAGGCUGGGAGGUGUCCAGUUUGAUAUUGACUUGCCCAACAAGAAAGUGUGCAUUGACUCUGAGCACAAUGUUGACACCCUACUGGAAACCUUAAAGAAGACUGGAAAGAAUGCUUCCUACCUUGGGGAGAAGUCUGCACAGUAGCCUUGCCUGCUGUGAGGAGGCUAGGAACUCAAAACAUGACUUCAGCAAAAACGUGGCUUAACUGUUUGUAUAUCUCCCAGCUUUCUCUGUCACUUGACCUUUACUGCCCUGCCAGAUGUUGGAAAGCAGAGUGCUGGCAGGAGGAGAUGGCUGUGUCUUGGCCUUUAAAAGUGGAGAAAUGUAGAGGUUUUAUGCUGUUUCUAGUCCUGCAGUAAAUCGAGGCGCUGCUUCUAUCUUUCAGUACA